AUGCGAUCUCGGAUUUCAUUGACCACUAUGACUCGCGUCAAGGCCGAUGGCGUAAACGGAACCACCAAACAUACUCAUAGUAAGACGUCUACUGUGGCUGUUGAAAAAGGCCGUGGGCACAGCUCAGGAUCGGACCCAUUCCGAGCCGCCGAUACGGAAGACCAUUUGGCGACUCAACUCCCAUCAAGGCCUCCUUCGAGAGAGUCCAUAACAUCCCAAGAUGGUGACAUCGGUGGGCAUACUGCCCCCUCUUCGGAGUCGCACGAGGGGUUGGCAACUCAAGUUCAUCAGUCCAUUCCACGGCAAAAUAUUCCUAGAGCAACUCCUGCCGAGCCUACGAUGUCGAAUUACACUCGGAAUGGGGCAUCACUUCUAAAGCUCCUAGGUAAUGGCAAUCGGCAGGGACCUUUAUCAAAGCAACCACCUCCACAGCAAGAAUCACAACAAGUUGGGGAAGCUUCCUCGCACCCAGGCACACCUAGCUCAGAGCUAGGCACAAAUCACGAACAGACCUACGGAGAGGAUAAACUUGUUACGGAACCACUUCAUUCGGAACAUACCAGGUUUUCUUCUAACGGGCAACAAAGAAUGUCAAGUCCUCCUCGUCGCCAGUUACCAUCUUUUCAAAAGCCUGACGAAUCCUUUAGAGACAGAUUCGGGAAAGCGGGCACGAACUCACAAGAGGACGUCACUAGCUUCCAGGUUCAGCCUCCUUCCUCUUUAGAGACAACGGCAACCAUAGCGGAGAAUGGCAAUAAUCCCAUGGGCCCUCCCGAGAAGAAUUCACGUAUUUACCGUUCGCGGUUAACCCAGCCUGCUCGAGAGGAAAAUACCCGCCAUGAUCCCUGGUCUGGUAUGAAGAAGCUACGCCGAAGGGAUGUUUUCAUUCCAGACGAUCAAGAAGAGCUUCUUGAUCGUCCGGACUGCUGGAUUCCUCCAGAUGUAGGUCAUCCUUAUCCGCGAGGGCAUGUGCCACCGAGUCUACUGAAGGAGUGGAAUACGAAAAUGAUUCGGUUGUUUCGCGAUGCCAGGAGAGCACAUGCAUCCAGCCAGAAAGACGAGCCAUCACGUGAGCAAGAGGAAGAAAACCAUGAACCUUCGCCAAAACCACUCUCAGACGACGACAGUGAUUCGGACUCGGAAUCUCAGACGUCUUGGUCUCAGAGCCCUUCUCAGCAUUUACGGAAACCUCUUGCACCCCCUGAUAGCAGCCCGAUCCGGCUACAUGAUGGCCGGCAACCACCAGACAUUUCAGCGGAUGGAAUCGAUCGGCCAUCUGAGCCUGUCGAGGAAGCGGGACAUCAACGCAAAGUUGUCACGCCCCAACCAGUAUCUCAACCCAGCCAGCGGGAUGAACCUACUCGGGAACCAGUUGCUUCUACUGUUGAUCAGGGUCAAGAAUCAGAUCCGGCUAACGGGCCUCGACCUAUCGUUCACGUCCCGAUUGAAGAUCCCAGGCCUGGAGGUGAAGUAGCUGAACCCAGCGAUGACUCCGACAUGGAGACAUCUAUUCCUCAAGGUUUAACUGUACGCACACAAGAUAUUCUCAGCCAAGUAGAGUCUUCCGGACUCAUAGCUCCGAAUUUGUCCGAUUCGACAUCCGCUCCUGCUGCACAAGUUCAAAUACUUGACACACCAGCGGGGGGUCUGAAGCGUGCGGCUACAAAAAGGACAGAAAAUUUACCGAGUCACUCCCAAGAGUGGGCAGCUCAAAAAAGCUCCUCGGGUAGUAAUAAAUCAUCUUCACAAAUAAUAGCCAACUCUCUUGGCAGCACCGCAGGCUCAUCAGAUCAAGACCAUCAAUUGCAGGAUGCUCAAAAACCUCUUGUCGCUGAUUCGCAGAAUACAAAUUGGGAUCUACACAGCUCCAGCAUUCCGUCCCAUCAGGAUCAACGUCUACUGGAAGUUAAUCCGGAGAGCUCGCUUCGGUCAGCAGACUUUCAUACACAAAUAAUUCCGGAGCGCCAUGCAUCGCCCAAAGAACGGUUUGACUUUGGUACACAGACAUCUCCGCAGCGCCAUGCAUCACCAGAAGAACGGCCUCAGGACGAUCCCAAUCCAUCAACGGGCAUGGUGAUUGAACAUAGACUAAAAAGAAGAGCAGCAGAUCUCGACGCUGAAGUCAGCGAGGAAAGUCCAUGCAAGAGGCCUAGAAGGUCCCCGACUCGGGAUGUUGAUGCUUCUAGGACGCAAGAUGUGGACAACGUGGUUGACGUUAACCAUGGUCUAGUCAAUAAAGACUGUCAGGAACAUGUUUGUUUCAUCCAGGAUGCUUUGAGGGUCUACGACAUGUUCAAAAGGUCAUAUCCCAAAUAUGCGGGCAAUUUUGACCAUUUCCAGAGUUUGUGCCAUGAAUUGCAAUCAUUACACCGUCGCGAGAUGUUGCAGAACUCUUCUCUAUGGGACGACUUCAUCAUGAGAAACUGGGUCGAUUACGGAACUUAUGUACAAAGCUGCAUUUCUGCCAAUGAGGACUAUGAGAGCUACGAGGACUUUUUUACCAGAAAUUUUACCAAGCCAUCUUUUCGAAAACGUAACUUGACUCCUCGGACGCUCAAGAUGAUUGUCUCCAAGUCCGAACCUUCCAUUGAGAAGCCUACCACUGUCGAUAGAGGGGUGCAGACCAUCGACGACAAUUCAGUGAGUGCCUCCGUCAUCCGUCGUUCACCGUUGGUAGUAGACCAGGGAUCCAAAUCCGCGUCGAGAGAACCAAAUACGCAGUCGACCCCAUCUAAUGUCCUAUUAGUAGUAGAUAGACCGCAUCAAGCGAACAUUGGAGUUAAAUUGAGUACACCUAGUACUCCAAGGAAGCGUCCAAGUACAAAUGACGGCGGCAUGCAGGCCAAUAUCGAUCCACCUACUCCUCGUCUAUUCAUCAAUGGACAGUCAGGACAUGGAGACGAAAACAUCGUUUCAAGAGAAAUUCAAGAAACUCAACCUCCUGACAACAUCCUCACGGAUGAACACAUAUCAGAUAGCACGAAAGACCUCACAACCGACUAUCAUGACCUAGCCAGUAUCGAACUCGUCCUCGACGCACCUAUGGAAAAUGACAGCCAUUCUCCUGACGAUGAAAACAACGACAGAAACGAUCCAGAUACCAUCGAAGCAGAAGCACGAUUCAACCAAAUCCCUAGAAUGCGUCGAGACAACAGCCACGCCGUACAGGCGCUCUUCAGAACAUAUAUCCCACCACCACCCGAAGAACAAGAUGAAAGCACACCAUUCAAGAUAUGGGCUCGUUACGAACACAACAUUGUCUCCGAGCGUCGUCGAAGAGGUGGAUACAGAGUUCCUCUUGAUGAGGAUGGGAAUAUUGUUUUUGAAGAAUUUGAGCCACGGAUUGAUGGUCGCCAAGAGAGAGUGUCGUCGUUUAGUAGGUGGCUCUGGCGUCCGAGGGAUAUAAGCUGAAGCAUGUCGUUGGUCCCCGGGGAGAGGUUAAAUGUAUUUAAGGAAAUAUUAUUUUGGGCUGUAUAUUCUUUGUACAUGUGCUAAUUUACCUUGGAUAUGAUCAUACUCGGUUUGAGUUGCACAGCUUAUAAUCAGCGAACUGUCUACGACUGGUAGACUCAGACUAUAAUCCAGUCGAAUAUCUAAGUAGGCAAGAGCAGGGAUUUAUUAGCUAAAUAACAA